AUGGCUCAGAUAGUUGGCAGAGAUGACAUAGAGUCGUUAAGAACUGAGUUGGAAGAGAUAGGAAGAAGCUUUAGGUCAUCAAUUCAGAGUCAUAACUCUAGUUUCCGAGCCAAUUCAGAAUUGAGUUCUGCCAAAGGUGAUACUGAUGCUCAAUAUGCUGUGCAGUGGGCAGCCAUUGAGAGACUGCCAACGUUUGAACGGCUCAAAUCAUCUUUGUUUGACAAGGGUGAUGAUGGAAGUGAACUUGAUGGUGAAGAAAAGCGGGUGGUUGAUGUCACCAAGCUUGGAGCUAUGGAAAAGCAUGUCUUCAUAGAAAAGCUCAUUAAGCACAUUGAGAAUGACAAUCUUCGUCUCUUGCGUAAAAUUAGGAAAAGAAUCGACAAGGUUGGAAUCAAAUUGCCCACUGUGGAGGUGAGGUAUAAGAAUCUGAGUGUGGAAGCAGUGUGUGAGGUAGUUCAUGGAAAGCCCCUCCCAACUCUUUGGAACUCUGUCAGAAGCACGCUUAAUCUCUUUACCAAAUUUCCAGGUUUGAAAACACGUGAGGCGAAGAUAAGCAUAAUCAAAGACUUUUGUGGUUCAAUAAAACCUGGAAGGUUAACUUUACUGCUUGGCCCCCCAGGAUGUGGGAAGACCUCUUUUUUAAAGGCUCUAUCAGGGAAUCUGGAAAAAUCUCUCAAGUUCUCUGGCGAAGUUACUUACAAUGGACAGAAGCUAGCAGAGUUUGUUCCCCAGAAAACAUCAGCUUAUAUAAGCCAAUUUGACGUGCAUAUUCCUCAGAUGACUGUCAGGGAAAUACUUGAUUUUUCAGCCCGGUGUCAGGGAAUUGGAAGUCGAGCUGAUAUUAUGCUGGAAGUCAGUAAAAGAGAGAAAGAGGCAGGGUUUAUUCCAGAUCCAGAUAUAGAUACCUACAUGAAGGCUAUUUCUCUCCAAGGACUAAAAAGAACCCUCCAGACAGACUACAUUUUGAAGAUCCUUGGACUUGAUAUAUGUGCUGACACUCUAGUUGGAGAUGCAAUGCUAAGAGGUAUCUCUGGUGGUCAAAAGAAGAGGUUGACAACAGCGGAGAUGAUCAUUGGUCCCACAAAAGCUUUGUUCAUGGAUGAAAUCACAAAUGGCUUAGACAGUUCAACUGCAUUCCAAAUUGUGGCUUGUCUUCAGCAGCUGGUGCAUAUAACAGAUUCUACUCUACUAGUUUCUCUUCUUCAGCCAGCACCAGAGACGUUUGAGCUCUUUGAUGACCUUAUUCUAAUGUCAGAAGGGAAGAUUGUUUAUCACGGUCCCCGGGAUCAUGUGUUGGAAUUUUUUGAGGGUUGUGGGUUUAAGUGUCCUAAGAGGAAAGGGGUUGCUGAUUUCAUCCAAGAGGUAAUCUCUAAGAAAGAUCAAGCACACUAUUGGUACGGCACAGAACCUUACAAUUAUGUCUCUGUUGAUAUGUUCUUGAAAAAAUUCAAGGCAUCUUCUUUUGGAAAGAAGAUAGAUGAGGAUCUUUUAGAGCCAUUUGAUGAACUUCAAGACAAUAACAAUGCUCUUUCCUUUAGUGUGUAUUCUCUUUCGAAAUGGGAACUUUUCAGAGCUUGUUCGUCAAGAGAACUUCUUCUCAUGAAGAGAAAUUCUUUUAUCUACGUAUUCAAGACAGUUCAGCUUAUCAUCAUUGCAUUUAUCACCAUGACUGUAUUUCUGAGAACUCGUAUGGAUAUUGAUGUUCUUCAUGCAAACUACUACAUGGGUUCCCUAUUCUUUGCUCUUACCAUACUUCUUGUUGAUGGAAUUCCUGAAAUGUCUAUGACACUUCAAAGGCUAGAAGUUUUCUAUAAGCAGAGAGACCUGUGUUUUUAUCCAGCUUGGGCUUAUGCAAUUCCGGCAACACUUCUGAAAGUACCUGUUUCUUUUGCGGAAGCCCUGGUUUGGACUUCUCUUACUUACUAUGUCAUUGGAUACAGUCCUGAGUUCCAAAGAUUCAUCCUCCAGUUCUUUCUACUUUUUGCUGUUCAUUUAACAUCAAUAUCCAUGUUCCGAUUCCUGGCAUCAUUCUUUCAGACCAUUGUUGCCACAAUGACGGCUGGUAGUUUUGCAAUAUUGUUCCUGUUACUGUUCAGCGGAUUCAUUAUCAAAAAACCUUCCAUGCCUGGUUGGUUAGGAUGGGGAUUUUGGGUUUCCCCACUGACAUAUGGGGAGAUAGGUCUUUCAGUGAACGAGUUUCUUUCUCCAAGAUGGCAAACAAUGCUAUCAACAAACAUUACUGUCGGGCGUGAAACACUUGAAAGCCGUGGUCUAAACUUCAAUGGAUAUUUCUAUUGGAUAUCACUUGGUGCCUUAUUUGGAUUCACGUUGCUUUUCAACAUAGGAUUCAUCUUGUCAUUGAGUUUCUUGAAGUCUCCUGGAUCAUCUCAUGGUAUCAUUUCACAUGAAAAGCUUGCCCAAAUUCAAAGAACUGAUGAUACCCUCGAUGAUGCCCAAGUGAAAGAAAACUCAAGAAUUUAUCCUUCUAAAACCACCGCAGGACAGAUGGUCUUACCUUUUACUCCAUUGACACUGGUGUUCCAAGAUGUGCAAUACUAUGUUAUUCCCAUGGAAACCAGGGAGCCCGGAUUUAAUCAGAAGAAACUUCAACUUCUAAAUGACAUUACUGGGGCAUUUAGACCUGGUGUUCUUACAGCAUUGAUGGGCGUCAGUGGUGCAGGAAAAACUACUCUCCUUGAUGUUCUUGCAGGCAGAAAGACUACUGGCUACAUUGAAGGGGACAUAAAGAUUGGUGGAUAUCCUAAGGUUCAAGAAACAUUUGCUAGGGUAUUGGGUUACUGUGAGCAAACCGAUGUUCAUUCUCCACAAAUUACUAUAGAAGAGUCUCUGAUAUUUUCUGCUUGGCUGCGUCUGGCUUCUCAGAUUGAUUCAAAGACAAAAACUGAGUUUGUCAAUGAAGUCCUUGAGACCAUUGAGCUUGAUGGAAUAAAAGAUGCCUUGGUUGGAAUACCUGGAGUUAGUGGUCUGUCAAAUGAGCAGCGUAAGCGGCUUACAAUUGCUGUUGAGCUAGUUUCGAAUCCCUCCAUAAUCUUCAUGGAUGAGCCUACAACUGGUUUGGAUGCAAGAGCUGCUGCAAUAGUCAUGCGAGCAGUGAAGAAUGUAGCUGAUACGGGAAGAACAAUUGUUUGCACCAUUCACCAACCGAAUAUUGAUAUAUUUGAAGCAUUUGAUGAGCUAAUUCUUUUGAAAACUGGAGGGCAUAUGAUAUACUCAGGACAGGUGGGUCAGCACUCAAGUAGAGUCAUCGAAUAUUUUCAGAGUAUUCCUGGGGUUCAAAAGAUCAAAAGUAACUACAAUCCAGCAACCUGGAUGUUAGACAUCACUUCUACAUCAGCUGAAGCUGAACUUGGUGUUAAUUUUGCCCAAAUUUACAGAGAAUCUAGUUUAUAUGAGAACAAUAAAGAGCUUGCAAGACAGUUGAGUACUCCCCCUCAUGGUUCCAGAGAUCUGCAUUUUGCUACCCGGUUUUCACAAAAUGGCUGGAUGCAGUUCAAAUCUUGCCUAUGGAAGCAGCACUUAUCUUAUUGGAGGAGUCCUUCGUAUAACUUGAUGCGCAUCAUGCAUACUGUGGUUGCAUCUCUAAUUUUUGGAACAUUGUAUUGGAACCAAGGGAAAAAAAUAACCGACCAGCAGAGCUUAUUCAAUAUAUUUGGUUCUAUGUAUGCCGGUGUCAUCUUCUUGGGCAUAAAUAACUGCGCAACUGUUCUGCAAUAUGUUGCAACAGAGAGAACUGUCAUGUAUCGAGAAAAAUUUGUGGGGAUGUAUUCACCAUUGGCUUUUUCAGUUGCACAGGUCGCAGUGGAACUUCCCUAUAUAUUUAUCCAGGCAGCCUUAUUUAUGAUCAUCACAUAUCCAAUGAUUGGAUACUACGCUUCAGCCUAUAAGGUUUUCUGGUAUUUCUACGCCUUAUUUUGUUCACUGCUAUACUACAACUACAUGGGAAUGAUGCUCGUCUCGUUGACACCAAACUUCUUGGUAGCUGCAAUUCUGUCCUCAGUGUUCUACACAUUGUAUAACCUAUUUUCUGGUUUUCUGGUUCCUAAGCCGGAAAUUCCGAAAUGGUGGAUUUGGUUGUAUUAUUUGACUCCCUCAUCUUGGUCACUAAACGGUUUGCUCACUUCACAAUAUGGAGACAUAAACAAGGAGGUAAUCGUAUUUGGUGAACCCAAAACAGUGUCUGCCUUCUUGGAAGACUACUUUGGGUUUCACCAUGAUCAGUUGCCUCUAGUGGCAGUAGUUCUCAUUGCAUUUCCCAUAACUUUUGCAUGUAUUUUCGCCUACUGUAUUGGGCACUUGAACUUCCAGAGGAGGUGAUUGAAAUCUCCUGUUCAUGUAUAUAUGUAUAUUAUAGCGAGGAAAUUAGUUCUUUGUAGUUUCUGUCACUGGUAGCAUACGAUUGUAA